AUGAACCAUUUUCUUUUUUCUUUCUUUCUUCUAUUUUCAUUCUUUUUGCUUUUAUUUGUUUUUCUUUUCUUCAUACCUGAUUUUUCUACAUUUUCUCUUCUCAUUUACUUUGAUUUAUCUUCUUUCUUUCUUUUUAUUUCUUUCGUUUUAUUCGUUUUUAUCAUCUUUUUCUUCGUCAUUUUUCUUUUUCUUUUCUUCUUCUUCUCUCGCUUUUUUUCUUCUUUCUUCCCAUAUUUCACGUCCUUCUUUAGUUUUAUUUCUUUAUCCACUGUAAACCGUUAUUUUUGUUUCCUAUUCUUUCCUUACAUACUUCUUCUCUUUUCACUUUUCUCUUUUUGUUUCUUCUCCUUUCUUCUCAAUUCUAUUUCUUCUUCUUCAUCAUCAUCUUUUGUUCUCCUUCUCUUUCCUUCCUCUCUAUCUUUGUUUGAGGCAAACAGAAUCAUCCGUGAAUACUUCAUCUAA